AUGCACAAUCCCGAUCCCAAUCCCGAUCCCAAUCCCGAUCCCAAUCCCGAUCCCAACCCCGAUCCCAAGCUCGAUCUCAAUCCCGUGUCCGUGUCCUUCGUCCGCGCCAACCGAUGGAUCUAUACCACCUCGAGGUCCCCCUUUGUCCGUGCCCAGUGGCUCAUGUCCCAGUGCGGUCCCUCAUCCGUCCUCGAUCGGCUCCCGUUCCUGCCGCUCUUCACCUCGAUCGGCCCCAGAGCCUUCUGGCCAUCUCGGAUCCGCCACAGCCGUCGUUGCCGUGCCGUGCGUCUGUCGCAGAUCACCCACGACGGAGAAGACCAUAAGCUCAGUGUGGAAGCGGAGGCUCCGUCAGCCCCUCACCCCAGCCGCCUCGGACGCUUGGUCCUGAACCCGCGCCGACUACAACUGUCGCUCAAGCACCCAUGCGAAUGCCACCGAUAUCAUGCCGAGCUGCCCGAAAACUACCAUUGCCCGCUUGAGAGCGAGCAGAUUCAGUUGUUCAAUGCCUUGGCAUUCUUGAAUAUCCCAACAACGUCGAUGCGCUGCUUCCUCGAGUACGUCGCCCAGGCUAAUCAUCUGCAGCUGCUCUCGAUCGUGCUGGGAUAUGCAAGGCUAUCGACCGACGCCGCAGCAAAAUCACACGCAUCUCCGUCGCUCUCCAGCUCGCCCAUUCUCGCCGAUGCAACUUCCCCGACGGAUACCUUCGCCUCCGAUGCAAACUCGGUUGCGCCAGACCUGUUCCCGGCCAUUCUCAAGACAGCCGCCCACCGCAACCAUCUCUCGCUCAUUACCCUGUUGGGGCCCAGGGUACACAUCCCAGAUGACGUCUUGCCCAUCGCCGUCUACAAAGGAUACCACCAGAUUGUGUCCGUGCUCUUGUCGCACUCUUCCCUGCGGCCAUCUUCGGAGAUGAUCACCAAGCUGUGUCAGAGCAUCGCCAUCUCCAGCGUUAUCCCGUUCCGCGCCAGCCUGGCAUCUACCCUCGCCGUCCUCAUCCCGGUCAUACCAGAUGACGUCUUCAAUGACCUGACCGAGAUCCUGCUGAUCACCGCUGCCCAGUCCGGCCAGGUGUGCAUUCUGGAUCCGAUCCUGGCUCGGGGUGCCGAUCCCAACCGAGGGGAAUCCAAGGCCCUCUUCCACGCCCUGUCGCUGGGGAACUGGCGAAUCGUGGGCCGUCUCCUUUGCGAAGGGGUCGCUCCGGACCCUCCAGCAGGCAUACUGACACCCGUUCGGAUAGUACUGCUCUGCUUCAUCGUCUCGGAUCACAUCUUGCUCCUCUAUGUUGUCUCGACCUCCUUCCAGAAGCUGAGCAGCCCGCAAGAAUCAGCCGAGGACGGCUCGGUUGUCCGCGACGCCUUCACAGCACUGUUCUUCCUCGUCAUCGAGCUCAUUCUGCAGUGGAUCAUGCCCGUCUGGGGGAUUGCAUACUCGCUAGCGCUGCUGGCUCGGUUCAGGUGGCGGGCCCGCAGACGCCGACGCAUUGUUAGCGAGCAUCCAGAAGCCGCCGCUGUCGAGUCGGUGUGA